UGAGACCUCUCCCUCUCUACGACAUAUAUUUAAAAUAAAAAGUUUAGCCAGAGAUUCCUUUCAUAUAUCACAUGGCAGCUUCAGAAGCUGAAUUGUGUUAUAAGUUGAGCGCAGAGCUCUGCAGUAUCCCCACUUGCCACCACUGGCCUCUACUCCCACUUGCAGCCACUAAGCUCUUCCAUUAUUGAUUUCGGGAGAAGCAAUGGAGAGAAGGGUAGCUGCUCUCAUGGUGGCGGUGUUGGGCACGCUGUUGAUCGCGGUGUUUGCGCCCGCAGUUUCUGCCUCCUCUGCCGGUUCGCCAUGGACGCCAGGCCAUGCCACCUUUUACGGAGGGAGCGAUGGUUCCGGCACCAUGGGUGGUGCUUGUGGCUAUGGAAACCUCUACUCCACUGGGUAUGGGAUCAAGACUGCCGCUUUGAGCACCGCACUGUUUAACGAUGGCGCAUCGUGUGGCCAGUGCUUCAAGAUCGUCUGUGACUACAAGAAGGACCCAAAAUGGUGCCUAAGAGGGGCAUCUGUGACCAUAACGGCCACAAACUUCUGCCCUCCUAAUUAUGCUCUUCCAAAUAGCAAUGGCGGUUGGUGCAACCCUCCCUUAAAGCACUUUGACAUGGCACAGCCUGCGUGGGAGAAGAUUGCCAUCUACAAGGGAGGCAUUGUUCCUGUACUGUUCAAAAGAGUUCCAUGCAUAAAGAAAGGGGGGGUAAGGUUUACAGUCAAUGGAAGGUCCUAUUUUGAGCUUGUUCUGAUAAGCAAUGUUGGAGGAACUGGAUCGUUGUCAGCUGUAUCCAUCAAGGGAUCGAACGGGAGCUGGCAAGCCAUGUCAAGGAACUGGGGAGCUAACUGGCAGAGCAAUUCAUACCUCAAUGGCCAGUCCUUGUCCUUCAGAGUAACUACUACUGAUGGCAAAACUCGAGUAUUCCCUGACAUAGUCCCAAGCAAUUGGCAGUUUGGGCAAACAUUCACCAGCUCAAUUCAGUUUUAGCUAAAUAACAUUGCAAACUUCUCCAAUUGAAGAACUGCAUGGCCAUACUGUAUGAUAAUAACCAAACGUUUAGCUUUCCUAUGUUAUUUUUGUUGGUUGCAAAGGGAAGAGACAACUACUGACGAAGCCGUUUGGCUAACUAAGGCUGGUAACUGUA